CAAGAAUAUAAUAUCUUUAUUCUUUAGAAGUAUAUGGCUAGCUUUUUUUUUCUUUCUCUUUUUCUUUCUAGAAUUGCGAAAACUACCUAAUAAUUUAUUUGUCCUAAGACAGCACAGCAUAAACUACUAUCUAUAUUGACUGAAAAUAGAAUCAGAACAGCGGCUUCUUGAGUACCUAGAUCAAACCUCCUGUUAUAUAGGGGGGAACGCACUUAUGCUAUUCUUAUCAUCCAGGUGAGUCCCAGGGUAUGAUUCGUGGUAGCGGACCUAGGGAUUGUUUUACCAAUUAUUAGGGUAUAUCAUCCCUCCUCAUGGCAAAGUGCGAGUUGGUAUAUAAAGUCAUGUCGAAACCCGCCAGAAAAAAAAAAAAAACUAAUUACCUCGUCUUUUCCAAAUCUAUACGUUUGCAACUGCAAUCCAUUCCCACAAAAGAAAACACAACACAUAAUGGAAUCCGCAAAGCCUCGAACGGCUCCCAUUGUCUACCAUGCAGACACGAUCUCCAAAAUGUCUCCUGAAUCUUUCCCAAACCCUAACCACGGGCAAUGUACAUGGCAUACGCUCUUCUCUCAGCCUCAAACACCCAGGAGCGAUAUGUGCGCUGGAAUUGCGCAUUGCCCUCCAUAUUUGGGUCAUCUCUGCCGACACCGCCAUAAACAAGCUGAGAUCUAUUAUAUCACUAAAGGAAGAGGACGGGUUUUUGUCGAUGGAGAGACACAUUCUGUAUUGCCGGGCUCGGUGAUAUUCAUUCCUGGGGAUGCAGAGCAUGGCAUUGCGAACGAGAGCGCAGAACCAUUGGAGUGGUUUUACGUGUUCCCCGCGGCCUCCUUCGAAGAUAUCUAAUAUAGAUUCAGCGAGAACGACAAGAUUAAGUCCAGCCGUCACCAGGUUGCGCCCAUGUGCUCGUCUCAUUUUUCAAGAAGCACCGAUGUGUGUGGUUGGCCGAUUCAGGUGCCGACUUGUCCCAACUUACGCCUUUACAUGGGGAAUUGGUGAAGAAGGCGUUGUACUCCACGCACUUUGCCAGACAAGCUGUCAUAGAAUCCGUCGUCAGGUCUUGGAAAUUGUCGGCGGUAAUCGUAGUACUGGAACAGCUAGAGGGAGAGCACAAAUCAAUAUCGCAAAUGAUGGUAAAGGAUCUGCUAUUGGUUUCGACGGUUGUGUCAUUUGCGCAACCUGUUGCAGU